AUGGCAACCGUUAAAAUCGUGCCCACCGCGACUGGUCUCUGCAAGAAAUUUAUGAAUGUGGGCAGUGGCUUCGCAGAUCCUUCAGAGCGCUCGUGGUAGGACCAUCCUGUCAUAUCUGCAAGUGACAAGCUGGGAAGAAGUUUGCCCCUGAAAAAAAAAAAAAAAAAAAAAAACUCCAGGGAGAUGACGAAUCAGUCAGAGGCUGACAAAUUUCCCGACUCCAAGGACGCGUCAGGGGACGUGCAGAGGGGCAAACUCUCUCCUGAUCUCCACGCUGACAUCCGUCAUCAUUUCGAUGGAUCUGCUGGAGAAAGGUGCAUCUUCUCUCCGUCCAGCCAGUCAGCUCCAAGUGCCAUGUUUCCAUACCCGAGCCAGCACGGAGCUGCGCACCCCGCCUUCUCCAUCGGCAGCCCCAGCCGCUACAUGGCCCACCACCCGGUCAUCACCAACGGAGCCUACAACAGCCUGCUGAGCAACCCGUCUGCUCAAGGGUACCCGGCAGCCGGAUACCCCUACGCGCAACAGUAUGGCACAUACCAAGGAGGCGCCUUUUACCAGCUCUCGUCGGCGCAAGCGGGACUGGUCUCCGGGAAAGCGCAGGUGUAUCUGUGCAACAGGGCCCUGUGGCUCAAGUUCCACAGACACCAGACGGAGAUGAUCAUCACCAAGCAGGGACGGCGGAUGUUUCCAUUUUUAAGCUUCAACGUCUCAGGCCUGGACCCCACGGCGCACUACAAUAUUUUUGUGGAUGUUGUACUCGCUGAUCCAAAUCACUGGAGGUUUCAAGGAGGGAAGUGGGUGCCGUGCGGCAAAGCGGACACAAACGUCAUAGGGAACCGAGUGUACAUGCACCCGGACUCCCCCAACACCGGGGCGCACUGGAUGCGUCAGGAAAUCUCAUUUGGGAAGUUGAAACUUACAAAUAAUAAAGGCGCCUCGAACAACACGGGGCAGAUGGUGGUCCUGCAGUCCCUCCACAAGUACCAGCCCAGGCUCCAUGUGGUGGAAGUGAACGAGGACGGGACAGAGGACAGCAGCCAGGCGGGGAGAGUCCAGACGUUCACCUUCACUGAGACCCAGUUCAUCGCCGUCACUGCUUAUCAGAACACUGAUAUCACGCAACUAAAAAUCGAUCACAAUCCGUUUGCCAAAGGAUUUCGGGACAACUACGACACUGUGUACACAGGCUGCGACAUCGACCGCCUGACCCCUUCACCGGGGGACUCUCCGCGCUCCCAGAUCGUGCCCGGUGCUCGGUACGCCAUGCACAGCUCUUUCCUCCAGGACCAAUUUGUCAGCACUUAUGCCAAGUCCCGCUUCCACCCUGGCGUGGGGAGCGCUCCUGGCAUGGAGCGCAGCGUCCCACUCGGCAACAGCUUGCUCUCCCCGCAGCAGAGCGACGAUCCCGCGGUCGCCUCCCCCCCGCAGCGAUGGUUCGUCACCCCCGCCAACAACCGCCUGGACUUUGCCGCUUCGGCAUACGACGCCGCUGAUUUCGCCGGUAACGCAGCCACCUUGCUGUCGUACGCGGCGGCCGGAGUGAAGGCGCUGCCCCUGCCCGCCGCCGGAUGCUCCAACCGGCCGCUCGGAUACUACUCCGACGCCUCCGGCUGGGGAGGCCGCACGCCGCCGCAGUAUUGCGGCGUCAACAGCAAAUCGAGCUCGGUGUUUUCCUGCUGGCCUUCCAACUCCAUCACCGGCAGGACGAGCAGCAGCUACCUGUCCGCGGAGGAGGGGGAGCCCGUCCCGCCGGAGAGGUCCCCAGAGGAGGCCAAAGCUAAAGACAUGACGUCAGAGUCGAGCUGGAUAGAGACGCCGUCCUCCAUCAAAUCCAUCGACUCGAGCGACUCCGGCAUCUUCGAGGCCAAGAGACGGAGAGUGUCCCCGUCAGCCACGCCGGUCCCCGACACCGUGUCCCCGCUGAAGACUGAGCUGCUGCCGCCGAGGGAGUGCGAGAAACUCUGCUCCAAGGACGUUGGCUACUACAGUUUUUACCCUCAUAGUUAAGUUAGCCGAGCGGAUUCUCGCUUCCAACUUUUACACCUUCAGUCGCUUGCUUUAAGGAUCGAGGCCACAGAAAUGAAAAUACAAGUGGAAAUAUUCUGAAUUAUUCAGACUGUCUUUCUUUGUAAAGUUGCUGACUUUCCCUUAAGCCAUCAAGCGCAAAUAAGUAAACCAGUUGCCAACCAUUUUUGAAUCAUAUCCAUCUUGAUCAAUAGCCAAACGACCCCAUCAAUAUCUUUAAUAUCGACAUAAUUAUCUUGUAAUAACCGAAUUUAAAACCGACGCUAUUACUCAUUGAAAAACGUUGCUCUAUUUUAGCACAGAAUUUCGAAGAAUUAAAACGCGUCAUUUCACUUGACAAUAUUUUCCCGUUGCCAUGGAAACACAAAACAGUGACAAAACAGCUUUUCCUCCGCCCGCUACUAUAACAACAUAUUUUUCUUUUCUGUGGCCCAAAACCUCCAACGUAUAAAUCAAUUGUACAUAAUAUUCUGUGAAGUGUUUUGAUGUACACAUAUUAGAAAAAAAGCCUAUAUGGUUGUUUCUUAAAACCAUCUUCUGUUCAGUAGCCUGAAGUGUUCGUAAAUAUAAAUAUAUACAUAUAUAUGACUACAGAGUUUUAAUGUUUCUUUGGUAGCAAAUGCUGG